CGCAAUCUGGCGGGUACAGCAGCAGCACGGAAGACUUCUCCUAUCCAGGGUCAGACUGCAAGAGAAGGAUCGUGCGCUGGUUACACUCAUGAGUUGAAGACUCGUCCUGAAAAAUAGCAAACGCCUUCUGAGACCUCUGUUUGCAGGGUAGGUGGUGCAUCACAUCCCUGACAUGCACCGGCCGCAGCCUCUCCAUGCCAGCUUGCGGGAGCAGUGACGUCCAGCCCCUCGGUGGUUCCUCAGCAUGCAGCCUCCUGCUCUUCCAGCCUGGAACAUGCUCAAGUAAAAAUCAUCACCACCGCCAUCAUCAUCACCAUCACCAUCAAGAGUCUACUGACCGGGAGCAUUUGAUGUGGGCAUACCUUACAGAAACAGGCUGAAAACUCAGCAAGCUCUCUUUCACAAACUGGGUGGCAUCUAAACUAAGACAUUAAGAGGAAAACGCCAGAUGCCCAUCUAUAGAUUACAGCAGCUAUUAUUGGAGCCAUCCAAAUCCUUCACAAUCAACUGGACUACCAGCAGGGGAGAAAUGCAGAGCGUCAACUCCAGCACCGGGGCACCGGGAAACGGCAGCAUCUGCACCCGAGACUACAAGAUCACCCAGGUUCUCUUCCCGGUGCUCUACACCGUCCUCUUCUUCGUCGGGCUCAUCAUCAACAGCCUGGCCAUGAGGAUCUUCUUCCAAAUCCGCAGUCAAUCCAACUUCAUCAUCUUCCUUAAGAACACGGUCAUCUCCGAUCUUCUCAUGAUCUUGACUUUUCCGUUCAAGAUUCUCAGCGAUGCUGAACUGGAAACCGGGUCUCUGAGAAUCUUCGUGUGCCAAGUCACCUCGGUCACCUUCUACUUCACAAUGUACAUCAGCAUUUCGUUCCUGGGGCUGAUCACGAUGGACCGCUACCAGAAAACCGCAAACCCCUUCAGACCGUCCGGCCCCGGCCGCCUGCGGGGGGCGAAGGCGCUCUCGGCCGCCGUCUGGGUGCUCAUGUUCCUGCUGUCGCUGCCCAACAUGCUCCUCACCAGCAGGAGGCCGCAGGAGAAGGUGAAGAGAUGCUCCUCCUUCAAGUCCCAGUUCGGGCUGGUGUGGCACGAGAUAGUCAAUUACAUCUGCCAAGUCAUUUUCUGGAUUAAUUUCCUCAUCAUCACUGUAUGCUAUACCCUGAUUACGAAAGAACUCUACAGGUCCUAUGUGAGAGCAAGGGGGCCAGGCCAAGCCCCCAAGAAAAAAGUGAACGUCCGAGUUUUCAUCAUCAUCGUCGUCUUCUUCAUUUGUUUCGUUCCUUUCCACUUCGCCCGGAUUCCCUACACUCUGAGCCAGACCCGGGACGUCUUCGACUGCGCCGCUGAGAACACUCUCUUUUACCUGAAGGAGAGCACCCUGUGGCUGGCGUCCCUCAACGCCUGCCUAGACCCCUUCAUCUACUUCUUCCUCUGUAAGGCCUUCCGGACUUCCCUCUUGGGCAUGCUCACCUGCUCUAGCUCAGCAGCAGCACCCUCCGAAGGGCACGGGAAGAGAGGACAGGAUGGUGGGGAGCCGAGCGAGGAGACCCCCAUGUGAGCAGCUAGCAGAGGAACUCCGGUCUCACCUGCUGGCACUCACACCCUCCAAGUACAUGGCCAUCUAAGGAGAUGAGCAACGUGGCCGCCCAGUUCAAAACAAGGACUCCUGAGACGCGGAGUGUGACUCUCAUCUGCAUAGGCUUUUCCAGGGCCAAAAGCUAUCUGAAAUGCAGGAAAAUGGGGGAAAAAAAGCAAAACCUCACCUGCAGGUAUAAAGUACAAUGUACUGCAUCCAAUUGGUGUCUUAUAUUGGAAACCAUUUAUGAUUUACAGAGGUUCUGCUAAAUGGGUAAGCCUAGAGUGUCUGCCCUAAUUUUAAAAAUUCAUUAAUCACUAUCUCAUUUUUAUAAUCAACUAAAAAUAUUUAGCAAUACAUCAAGCAGAGUAACUAUACCACUUACAGUAAAAGUACCCAAGAUUUAAAAAAAUUAAAUGGUAUUUGCUGAGGUUGAACUUUUUCAAUGUUAAAAUGAUAAGAAUGUAAGGAAUUAAUUUCCAUGAAGAGCAGACAUUGUGAAUGAAAUCAUUAAGAUAUAGCUUCUUUUAUGACAUUUUGAUACUAAAACAAUUAAUAUUUCCCUAACAAUAUAGAAAGCAAUUUUACUUAUAAUUUGGAAAUUCUGAUGGAUACAUUAUUAUUGGCACUUAAAUUUAUUAACCAGCUUGUAGAAACACCUACUUCUUGAAUUAGCAAAAGAAAAAUGAAUUAAAUAUGAUGACUAAA